AUAUUUUAAAAAUUCCACUUCAAACUUUGUUUAAAGAUUUGAAAUGGAUUAAUUUUAGUAGAUUAACUUAAGAUUACUCUUAUGUUAAGGUCUUUCAUAAUGAUUUCAUGCUUUAAAUUGACAAAUUAAGGAAAAUAAUUUACAUUUUGAGGUGCUCUGGUAGGGGAAAUUUUGAAAUUAAAUGAUGUUUAAAAUAAACUACCAGGAUGAGGAUGUACAGAAUUGGAUAUUUGUAAAUUAAAGAUAUGCAAUAUCAUUAUCCAAAAAUAUCACAAAUAAACCAAUGAAAUUAACGAAAUUUUAAUAAUUCGAAUUUAAAGCUUAUAACAAAAAAAUUAAUAAUAAAAAAAGAAAAAAAUAAUAAAAAUGGCAAAAGGAGCAACAAAGGGAAAUAAAGGAGCUAAGAAAGCUGGAACACCAAGUCAAUUAUUUAAUUUAUUGUAGAAGCUACAAAGAAUGUUAAGAAAGUAACUAAAAAGACCACUGAUGCUACUCCAGCACCAGCCCCAGUGACAACUACACCACCUGCACCUACCACUGCAACACCAGUUGCUGCAACAACACCCAAAAAAUAAGGAAAGCAAGCAACUAAACCAAAGAAAGCUACUAAAAAAGCCACAAAGAAGGCUCCCAAGAAAUAAGCCAAGAAAUGAUUAGUUAUUCAAGAAUUAAUCUAUUAAUUAGAUAUCAAUAUU